GCCGCGCGCCGGAAGUAGCCCAGAUCUCGGCGCUGGGGCUCCGCGACUCUAGACCGAGGGGCCGGUGCGACUAUGCCGGUCACCGGGAAGACUUUCCGCCGGCGCCGCGCCGACUCGGAGUCGGAGGAAGAUGAGCAGGACUCAGAGGAGGUUCGAUUAAAACUGGAAGAGACCCGAGAGGUGCAGAACUUGAGGAAGAGGCCCAACGGGGUGAGUGCUGUUGCCCUGCUGGUGGGAGAGAAGGUACAAGAAGAGACCACUCUAGUGGAUGAUCCCUUUCAGAUGAAGACAGGCGGGAUGGUGGACAUGAAGAAACUAAAGGAAAGGGGCAAAGAUAAGAUCAGCGAAGAGGAAGACCUCCAUCUGGGGACAUCAUUUUCCGCAGAAACCAACCGAAGGGACGAGGAUGCUGACAUGAUGAAGUACAUUGAGACAGAGCUGAAGAAGCGGAAAGGGAUCGUGGAACAUGAGGAACAGAAAGUCAAGCCAAAGAAUGCAGAGGAUUGCCUUUAUGAGCUGCCGGAAAACAUCCGGGUUUCCUCGGCAAAGAAGACGGAGGAGAUGCUGUCCAACCAGAUGCUAAGCGGCAUCCCCGAGGUGGACCUCGGCAUCGAUGCGAAAAUAAAAAACAUCAUUUCCACGGAGGACGCGAAGGCCCGUCUGCUGGCUGAGCAGCAGAACAAGAAGAAAGACAGCGAGACCUCGUUCGUGCCCACCAACAUGGCGGUGAACUACGUGCAGCACAACCGCUUUUACCACGAGGAGCUCAACGCUCCCAUACGGAGAAACAAAGAGGAGCCCAAAGCCCGACCCUUGCGAGUGGGGGACACAGAGAAGCCGGAGCCUGAGCGGUCCCCUCCCAACCGCAAGCGUCCUGCCAAUGAGAAGGCCACGGAUGAUUAUCAUUACGAGAAGUUCAAGAAGAUGAACAGGCGGUACUGAGGGAGGCUAAAUGGGGAGAGGUGCAGCGUGGGAUAUAAAUACUGUUGUCCACUCCCUUUAUCCCCAUGAUAAAAGAUUUCCUGGACAGAAGCCUGCUCAUUGGCUAGCAGAUGGCUCCCAAAACAGACUCUGUCAGUCCUGCUGCUUACCUGUGGGAUUUUCAGGCAUUGAAUUUGUAACCUUUUGAAACAAUGUGUAGUUUUCCUAUUUAGGGGCAAACUAGUCUUGUGAGCAUUAUUAAAUCUUGUUUGUAAAUAUGUUGACUUUCUCUUAGUAUUUGCCCUGGGUCAGGAGGAAACAGCUCUGUGUUUCAGAGUGAUAUAAUAUCCUUUUGAUUGGGCUUUUAUUAUAAUAUAUGCAGUCAUUGUCUCUUGCUUUCAAAUAUCUAUAGUGAGAUUCAGAAAUGCUUCCUUCACUGUUUACAGUGGAUCCAGCUGAAAGUAGAAAAAUCUAGACGAUCAAAGGAACACUAGUAUUUUCUGACUUUUACAGUUAUGUUUCUUUUCAUUAAAGAAACAAAAAGUAAUUCCUAUCAUUUUAAGCAUUUAAAUAAUAAACAUGAAAUGGACCCA